ACAAACUCACAAGGAGCCACCCAUGCUCUGGCUCCAGCAAAAGCCUAUCCACCAUGCUGACCGCCGCCCUACCCUCUUCUACAGCCAUGAACACUGUCCUGCUCAGCAACCUCUUCUCCCUGCCUCGCAUCGUCUAUGCCAUGGCUGUCGACGGGCUCUUCUUCCAGGUGUUUGCCUAUGUGCACCCCCGGACACAGGUGCCCGUGGUAGCUACCAUGCUGUUCGGGAUCCUCACGGCCCUCCUGGCACUGCUGAUGGACCUCGAAGCGCUGGUCCAGUUCCUGUCUAUUGGCACACUACUGGCCUACACCUUUGUGGCUGCCAGCAUCGUCGUGCUGCGCUUCCAGACGGCUUCUCCACACAGCUCCCCAGCCGUGGCCCCAGCCAGCCCUGGCCCCCUGUCCAAGAAGCACAGCUCCGUCUCAGACCACAUAGAACCCGUGGGUGCAAAGCAGGCGUCAGUCCCUGAGCCUGGACAGCUGCGACCUGCCCUGAGGCGCUAUCUGGGUUUCCUGAGUGGGUAUAGCCCAAGAAGGGUUGUGACUUGGGUGCUCUGUAUCCUGAUGGCCUCAGCCAUCACCCUGGGCUGCGCGCUGAUUUUUGGGGACUCGGGCCUCCCACACUGGGGUUACAUCCUGCUGCUGCUGCUCAGCAGUGCUGUGUUUCUGCUUUCCAGCAACAGCCCCGGCAGGACACAUUUCAGGUACAUCCCCCAGAACAGCAGGCUCCCCUCUCCCUUCCUCCUCUGUUCACCAGGGAAUGAACCAGGGCUCACAGGGCUGGGGAGGCCGGAACAGCCAUGCCCCACCCCUUUGGGCAUGGUCUCUUCUGUACCCCAGCUAGCCCCACCCUGUCCCCUCAGAUCCCCCUGGUGCCCCUGCUCCCGGCCCUCAGCAUCCUCCUCAACAUCUGCCUCAUGCUGAAGCUCAGCUACCUGACCUGGGUGCGGUUCACAAUCUGGGUGCUACUGGGACUGGCUGUGUAUUUCGGCUACGGCAUCUGGCACAGCAAGGAGAACCAGCGGGAGCCCCCAGAGCUGACCGUCACCCGCUAUGUGGUGUUCCCCAGUGGCAGCCUGGAG